AUGGAGAGACGAAUCGCCGGCGUAAUCUACAUAUUGAUCACUUUCGCCCUCGUAAAUGAAAUGUCAAUAAACGUUUACGCCAGGGACAACAAUAAAAGGCGCACCAAAGAGAAAGGUGGAGGUUUCCAGAAAAAUAUUUGUGACAUAACUGACAGAGACUCCAAAGUUCACUGCUACUGUGAAAAUACUAGGGAACCUAGGAAUGCGACCAAAGCGGAAUGUUGGGUGUUCAACGGCGGCAUACCACCGGACGACCACAUCUGGCAGAGUUUUGCGUCCCAACCAACUUUGCAAACUUUGUCUUUUAACGUCCGAGUCGAUGGCGCUUUAGGGUACAUACCUACUAAAGCACUAUUAUAUUUACAACACUUGAAAUCUAUAAAUAUAAAGUAUGGGAAUAUAGUCGAUAUAAUAUCUUACGCUUUUGCUAAUUUAACCAAUCUUAAAGAGGCAGGUCUCUCUCAAAAUCAAAUUGAGACCUUACAGCAAUACUCUUUUGCUCAUUUACCAAAUAUAACUACCAUAAACCUAGAAGAUAACAUGAUUAUAGAAAUCGAUGCAGAGGCAUUUGUUGACGUACCAAAACUUCAAAAGUUGGUUUUUACGAAGAAUAAUAUAUCUAUCAUAAGAAAUGGAACGUUUCAACAUACAUUCAAUCUCCUAGAAUUAGAUUUGAAUAAGAACAACAUAUACUAUUUAAAUCGAAGAACUUUCGACGGAUUGGCUAAUCUGAAGAAAUUGGACCUAAGAAAGAAUCGAAUACAAAACUUGACGGAAUUUACUUUCGCUGAAUUGUGGAACCUGCAAGAGCUACUUUUGGGCAAGAAUGAUCUAAGGUACCUAUCUGAGAGAGCGUUUGAUGGCCUUUCUCAGUUAAGGAAGUUGUCCCUUGAUGAUAAUAAACUGGCCUCUCUCCCGUCGGGGCUUUUUGAAGGCGUAAGGGGGUUGAACUCUGUAGAUUUGCGCUCUAACGAACUGCACGCACUGACUUUUGAUAAUAUCAAACCUAUAUUGGACAACUUAAAACCACAAAACAGUAAUCUGCUACUUGAAGAAAAUAACUUCGUGUGUGACUGCAGACUAAAAUGGAUGCAUUCGCUCCGGAACGAAACCAACAGUCAAAACACGAAGGAUUCUCUAGACGGGGUAACUUGCAAAAUGGAUCCUCCAAUCGUGAGUUCUGCUUACAACAAAAUGCCAGACGCGCUGGACGACAACAAACUCGAUUACAACAAAGACAUCCUUCAUGCUGGCCUAACCAUUGAAACCUUGAAUGACAAAAUGAAUAUUACAGAAAAGAAAAUUUUACCAGGAGAUCUGGCUAAAGACGAUGGCAAUGAAAUAAACAAAAAGGGUGUUAAGAGGACUGUUCUGCAAAUCCCUCCUGAUACACUUCCUUGCCCGAGAGAGGCCAUAAAAACGACAGAGAUGCCAUCAUAUAUAGUAGAUCCUGUAAUACCAAUACAGAAUGAGAUGAAAACAUACAGAUUCCAUGAAAUGAAUUCUGCUAAUAUUACAUUAAGGUCUAGUUUCUUAGUAUUGUGGUGUGUUUGUUUUAAAUUUUUCUUCACUUAG